AAUAUCCAAGAUGUCACAGUGGUUAUGGAAGACUACGCAGCUAGCAGUCCCAGAGAGGUCAGCGUCUUACGAGGGCAGCAAGUUGAAAUCAUAGAUGCCUCACCAGGUCAGGUGGAUUGGUGCCUGGUUAGAACUUUCCCUGCUGAUGGAGCAGAUUGUUCUCAAGGCUUGGUGCCUAUGUCCGUGCUAAAACCCAUGUCAUACCUGCAAACACCUGGUGGCCGGAACAGUAUAGACCUAGAUGAUUCUAUGGGUAAUGCAGAAGGCACAUCAUCACCGGUCAGCAAGCGCAGGACUAGCUUUAAAAAGUGGCUGACCACCCCGGUCAGAAAACUUAGCCAUGGUAGAAUUGACAAGCAAGGGAUGUUGCUGGAUGCGCAGAAAACUUUACAAAAGGUCGACAGGAUGGCCAUCACAAAUCCACUGUAUGCUGACAGGGAUUCUGCCAGUGGAGAGAUCACCUCAACCGCAGAGCCCACCAUUGUGCCUCAGGUGGCACAGAAGGCACAGCUGGAUUCCACCAAUGAAGAGGAGGAACCAGCUCAGGACAUUGAGAUGCCUCCACCCAUGGAGAUUCAGGAGCACUCCUUCAAGCAAGAGAGCAAGGAGGUAUCCACGGAUGAUGUUACAGCAAAGUUGGUGAGUUCAGAAAUUUCGUUGGCUGGAAGAUCUGGUUUUCAUUCAUUCAUUUAUUCAUUCAUUCAUUAUCCUGUUGUGUCAUUAUAUGUCAUAUAG